AUAAUUUAUAUUUAAAAAGUAUUGAAUAAUUCUAGAUAAUUAUGAAAACUGAAAUAUUUAAAGUUCCACAAAAAAUACCUCAAGAUUAUGUUAAGGACGUUGAAGCAAGUAUACGAUAUAUGAAGGAACAUAUAGAAGAACGUGAUAAUAGCUAUCAAUGGAGUCUAGAGGAUUUUGAAAUUGGUGCUCCUUUAGGAAGAGGUAAAUUUGGUAGAGUGUACCUAGCCAGAGAAAAGACAACUCAUUAUAUGGUUGCUCUAAAAACACUCUUUAAGACUGAACUAAUGAAAUCUAGAGUUGAGAAACAAGCUUUACGUGAAAUAGAAAUUCAAUCACAUUUGAGACAUCCUCAUAUCUUGCAAUUAUUAACAUAUUUUCAUGAUGAAAAACGAAUAUAUUUGGUACUUGAAUUUGCGGCAAGAGGUGAACUCUACAAAGAAUUAAAGCGUCAACCAAAAGAACGAUUUAGUGAACACCUCUCUGCCAAAUAUACUUAUCAAGUUGCAGAUGCACUGGAAUAUUGCCACCAAAAUAAUGUUAUUCACCGAGAUAUAAAACCAGAAAAUUUAUUAUUAACACACAAUGGAGAUAUUAAGUUAGCUGACUUUGGUUGGUCUGUUCAUGCACCUUCAACAAAGCGCAAUACAAUGUGUGGAACACUGGAUUAUCUUCCACCAGAAAUGGUCACUGGCCAAAAAUAUGAUAUCUACGUUGAUCACUGGUGUUUAGGAAUUUUAUGUUAUGAAUUUCUUGUUGGUCGCCCACCGUUUUUGAGUGAAACAUCUGAUGAAACUUAUGCAAAAAUUAAGAGUGUAGUCAUUCCCUGGCCUUCGCAAGUAACACCUGGAGCAAAGGAUCUCAUAUCAAAAUUGAUUAAACGAAAAAGUACAGAUAGAAUACCAUUAGAUUGUGUUAAAAAUCAUUUUUGGAUACUUGCACAUAAGGAUUUACCUAAUUGAAUAUGGAAAAAGGUUUCUAACUCAAAUAAUCAUUGAUGUUCAUUUUAUUAU